AUGGCCAAGCCUGCUAGUGAGCCGCCAGCAAAGACAUUCAAGGGUUGGGUCGCCCACGACGCGACCAAUCCCUUGGUUUACACGGAUUUCACGCCGAAGCCGUUCACUGAGACGGAUAUUGAAAUCCGCAUUACCCACUGCGGUAUCUGUGGCUCUGAUGUGCACACUUUGCGAUCGGGCUGGGGUCCCACCGAUUAUCCCUGUGUUGUCGGUCAUGAAAUCGUCGGCAUUGUAGAGCGCAUAGGCGACAAAGUCCCCCAUCUGUCCAGUUCUGCAGCAUCGGCCUCCAUCCGAGUAGGCGACCGAGUCGGUAUUGGCGCCCAGAGCGGCUCCUGUCUUCGGCCAGACUGCGAAGCUUGUGCCGACGGUCAAGAGAGCUAUUGCACACGCAUGACGGGUACUUAUAACGGGCGGUACCCGGACAAGAGCAAGUCGUACGGUGGCUACGCCGCGCGGUGGCGCGGACCAGCGCACUUUGCCGUCAAAAUCCCUGACGCGCUUCCCAGCGCCGAGGCUGCGCCUCUGCUCUGCGGAGGCGUCACUGUCUUCGCGCCCCUGCGCAAAUGGGGUGCCGGGCCGGGCAAAACCGUCGGUGUCAUUGGUGUUGGGGGACUCGGACACUUGGGAAUUCAGUUCGCGAAGGCGCUUGGUGCGGACCGAGUCGUUGCCAUUUCACGAUCGUCAAGCAAAAAGGCAGAUUCGAUUGAGGGACUUGGAGCGGAUGCGUUUAUCGCGACGGGGGAGGAGAAAGGGUGGGCCAAGACGCACGCGCGAAGUAUCGAUAUUCUCUUAUCUACUGUGUCUGGGCCGGGAAUGCCCUUGGGUCAGUACUUGCGACUGUUGAAGCGUGAUGGCGUGUUUGUGCAGGUUGGAGCUCCGGAAGAGGCAUUGCCGCCUUUGAUGGCCUUCUCGUUGAUUCAGAAAAGUGUCAAGAUUACCGGGUCGAAUAUUGGGUCGCCCGAGGACAUUCGACAGAUGCUUGCGCUGGCAGCGGAGAAGCGGGUGUUGCCGUGGAUUCAGAAGAGACCGAUGGAGGAUGUCAAUGCGGCCUUGGCAGAUAUGCAUGAUGGCAAGGCGAGGUAUCGCUAUGUACUGGAGAAUGGCGAGGUGCAGGCCAAGCUGUAA